CUUCUAGACUUUGUCUCUUGUUUCUCUGCAGUUCCUGUCCCUGAAGCCAGUCCAAUAACAUUUUGAAUCCUACUUUCUCUACCAUCAUGAGCAUUGCAACUCUCUCACCUGUGAGUCCUGAGCCUCCAUCCUCAAAGCUCAUGUUCAUCAGAGACGUCGAGCCCUCCCUGCACCCUGCCAAUGCCCCUGUGUGUCCAGAUGUGGCUCAUCAGUCUCUGAAUGGAGCCUCUUCCUUUGGCCCUGAGAGCAACCAGUCCAGCCUCACCAGUGAAGAGUCUACUACUGAUCCAUUGUUCUCCCAGAGGACAAAGAAACUUCCUCCUCUCCACACUGGAGCCGACUGGAAGGUCGUCCUCCAUCUGCCAGAGAUUGAGAAGUGGCUAAGAGCAACCAGUGACAGAGUUGCUCAACUCACACACUCUGUUGGACAAGACAGUGACAACAGACAUGUGGAUGUCCACCUAGUACAACUUAAGGUAGGCAAAAAUGUGCUCUUCCUGUUACUAUGGCAACUCUUGCAUGCACCCGUGGGCAGCCAUUUUCUCUCAAUUCUCUCUGUAUAUUUGUUUGUUGUGGGUUGCCCCAUUCAGCUGACGCUGUAUGCACUCUUCCACCACAACUGAUAAAAAGGUUUACCUCAACGUUUGA